AUGCGGAAUGGUUUUUGCGUGCCAGGCUUCUACUUCGGUAUCGACGGGUGCGAAGGUCUUGUGCCCGAGGCCACGGAUAUACCUGGGGAUCGAACCUCACAUAUCAAUGGGAAGGUGAUAGUAAAGCCACGGAUGGGACUUGCACAUGAGAAACAACAUGCGGAUGCCAGGCAGAGCGAAGCUACAAACACAUCGCACAAUGAGAGAGACACUUUGCAGAAUGCCCAGCAGGCACAAGCGUUGGGCACACACACAGAUGAAGGAACUCCGAAUCAGGCCACGACAAGCAAAGAAUCUGUAAGGAAGACUCUGGGCCAAAGAACAAUGUUGAAUCGGCCAAAGAAGAAGACUCAAACUGUGCAGGACUACGUGCAGCGGAACGCACUGGCGGAACGCUGGAAACGUGCGGAUUGGUUCCGUAAAUGUCGCGAGAAGGCCAUUAAUGCCAUAGUGCAGAGCCCGAUAGAAAGCAGUCCCAAAGUCAAUGCGCGAUUGGUGGCGCUGCUGGGGCAUAUUUGGUACGACUUUGACAGCCUCACACCACGCGGCCGUAUAUCUGGAGGCUGGGAGGAACUGAUUACAGCUAUCGACACGCACACAAACGAAUUUGUGCAGUGUCUUGUAAAAGCAGCGGAAGUGGUGAGUGCGUCUGAAGCGAAUGGACAAGAGAACAUAGAGCACAGUGCAGGCACUCGGUGGGAGAGAGCAGUGGACGAGGCUACAGCAUCUAUGUACGCGCGCAUCAAUCAACGGACGAUGUAGUCGUGCUCGGUUGUCAUGACAACAUUUCUCGAGGGGGGGGUGACUUUUGGUAUGCUAUCGAAACAGCAGGUUUAUGUCUAUGAUCACACGCAACACCUCAGUCAUGGUAUAUACAAUCGUUGCUCAUAGUGUGAUACUAUCCUGCUUUCCAAUAUGGUUGCGAGCAUCGUUUUCUGACGCAUCUUUUCUAUGUAUUCUGGUUCCAUAUACCGCACUACUGGGAUUAGAUCGCCGUCAAGUAGGCGAACGAAUGUGGCGGUCAUGGUGCCGUGAUGUCUCAGAUAUUCCUAUGCCUUCUUUUUGUUCAUAUACAAUACGGAAGAUUCGUGUGAUCGCAUACGUCAAUCAUGCUCCGCAAUAGAGCAAUGGGCGAUACGCGGCUCAUCGGUCUAAAUCGAUUGAGAUAAUUUUACGAUAAUAAAAUAUUCUGAAGCCA